AUGCUGGAGGUGGAGUUUUCCGACGAGGGAGCAGCGCGGAAGUACGGCCAGGGGAUGAAGCAGACCAUGCCCUUUCGCCGGUUCCUGCAGUCCAUUGCUGAUGGGGAGGACUCGCGGUACCUCACCACCCAGGAUGUCCCCACCGAGAUUGACGGCCACCCCGCCCUGUACGGCAGCCCCCUCGUGGCGCUGGAGGGGGACUUCCCCCGGCUCCCGGAGCUGGCCGGCAGCCUCGUGCCCGCCUCCAUCAACCUGUGGAUGGGUCUGUCGGCGCAGGGCACCAGCUCCGGCCUGCACCACGAUUUCCACGACAACCUGUACUCCCUGCUGCGCGGGAGGAAGACCUUUAGGCUGUGGCCGCCCUCGGCGCUGGACUCCAUGUAUCCACACGGCCGGCCAGUCAAGCGCUGGCCCAAUGGCAGAGUGGUGUACAGCGAACAGGGGAACAUUGGGCCAGAUGGGGUCGACAUGGAUGAAGAGCGGCGCUGGGAGGAAAAAUUUGCUGCUGAGAUGGAGCUGGAGAUGGCUGAGAAGGCUGUGGAGGCUGGCGAGCAGGGUGCAAAACGGCGGCUGCAGGCUGCCAACAGGAGGCUGGAUGCAGUCAUGGAUGCGGCGAUGGACGAGGGAUCAGAGUGGUUGGAUGACUUUGAUGCGAUGGAGAGACCUGCUCAGAGGCCCGCCACCUCAGGUGCGGCCCCUAUUCCUCCCAGCUUCAGUCGGAUCGACGCUGACCUGCCACCAGCUGAGAUCAAGAAGAAGUUUCCUCGUUUCAAGGGGUUUUCCAGUGCCAUCACGUGCACGGUGGAAGCAGGGCAGACCCUGUACCUGCCGGCUGGGUGGUGGCAUGAGGUCACCAGCCAGGGGUUUGGGGGUUCAAAGGACGCUCCCGGGGAGCACAUGGCUCUGAACCACUGGUUCCACCCCCCUGACAACCUGGAUGCAGAAGCGGGCUUCAGCAAGCCAUACACGCGGCUGGGCUGUCGCACGGGCCUGUUGAUCACCACCAUGAUCACCGCCACCAUCAUCACGGUGGAAAAUGUGUUCCAUACUGCACAUCCCUCCGUAACAUGCGAGUUCAAGGGCAUCGACGGCCUGCAAAGAGAGUAUGGCCACGACAGGGCCUACCCAGUGCUGAGCCUGAGGGGUGACUGGACAAGCGAGUUCACGUGGAACACAAAACAGAUCUUCGUGUAUGCCAAUGUGGAGUUUGAGACACGGCAGAACAAGCGGAACGAGAUGCUCAUGUGGAGCAAGCUGCUGACCAGCAAGGACGAGGCGACUGUUGACCUCCCUCGCCUGGCCCAGCAGUUCCCCUAUGCUGUCACGGACCAGGGUUACACGCUGCGGGGCACGCCCUUCAACAUCAGCAUCACCUGGAACGUGAUGCCACGUGUGGGGCGCCUCUACACCCGCACGCAGGCGUUUGGGCCCUGGGAGCUGCCGCAGGACUACCAGACCCUCCAGAAGGAGGGCUGA